CAUGAAACUGGCAGUAUAGUGAAUUACGUAUCAAGACCCGCCUCUAGUGUCUUUUAGAGUGAAUUCUCCAGUGACUGAAAAAGAGCCUACCCUUCGGCCAUCUAUUAAAAUGCUAGAAUCCUCAGCCUGGCAACUUGAACACGCAUCACUCAUUAGCUUCACUCAGAUAGCACAACUGCGAGGGGACAAAUUGAGACGUCCCUAACAAUAAGCUCAGCAUAGCAGUGCUUUCAGAGCGCUUGCUGCUUUUACAGUCUACAACUAUGAUUUUUCCUAACCAUGGACCUUGCAACCCAUUAACAUCGACUGCAUAGUGCCUGAUCUGUGCCGGGUCUCAGAGCUCACAUACUCCUGUCUUACCCACAAUACUGCUAAGCAAGUCUGGAUGAUGGCGCAACCAGCUUCAAAGACUGCGAGAAUUGGCGACUUGUACGAUGACACUACAGACUUCGGAGACUUUGUGAGCACAUCAGAUGAAGAAAUCGACGUGGAAGAAUAUGCCGAGCCUUGGGGAAAGUAUGAUCCCGAAACACAAUACGCUUAUUAUCCAAUCUCUCUUGGAGAAAUUCUCAACGAAAGAUACCUGAUUGAGCACAAACUCGGUGCUGGUGGUUUCUCUACUGUCUGGAUGGCUUUUGACCUCCAGGAAACCAAAGAUGUCGCUGUCAAAGUCUUUCGUAAGGGCGACUUCGGAGACAUCGAGCUACGCAUACAAGAUGAGAUCGUUCGGAGCGUGCAGGACAGAUCCCACCUUGUGACAUAUACAGAUACUUUUAUUCUAAAGGGAAGCGAUGGUCACCAUGGGGUUAUAGUGCUUCCUUUAAUGGGGCCGUGUCUUGACCGUUAUACAGUGACGAACUUAGCUAUAAAUACUCGCAUGUCAGCUGCGAAGCAAUUGUUAAAGGCAUUGGAAGCUCUGCACAACGCUGGAAUCGUACACCGCGAUCUGAGCGAGAGAAACUGCCUGUGGGGGAUGGCGCCUCUUCACAAUCUUAGCAGGACUGCGAAAUAUGAACUACUCACCCGGCCAUUGAAGGAAACUAUCCAAGACGUCGGGCUCUGGAAGCCUGGAGAACUAAUGCGGCCCAUACAGGUCCCUGAAGCUCUGCACACAGAAGAUUUCUAUCUCGCUGACUUCAGUCUGGCCAUGAAGGUCGGCGACCCCGUGGCUCAACCCGGCGAUCCACCUCUGUGUUUCUGCUCCCCGGAGCGUCUCCAUGGAGAACCUCCAAGCUUUGCCUGCGACAUGUGGAGCUAUAUGGUCAACUUUGUUGAACUUUACCAAGGGGGACGACCAUUCCAUGAUGGGUACAUAGGCGGAGUAUUGACGACUAUUACCGCCCGUCUGGGCCCGCUACCAGAGCAACGGAAAGGAUCUUACAUAUAUGACGACUGCCUGCCUGGAUUCCUGGUACGACCAGAAUCGAACGCCCGAUACGAAUAAAACCCUCGCAUCAGAGCUUGCGCGCUAUCGACCCGAUGCCGAUCCGGCAGGGCGAGAACUUGUUCUCUCCAUCAUGCAGAAGGCAUUCCUAUACUCGCCCGAGAAGCGUCUGACUGCGACGCAGCUUCUGGCCGAUCCUUCAUUCAUAGCUCUCAUGGCUCGGUAUGGUUGU